AUGGAAAACUCAACUCCCCUAUCUGAGGCCCAAAAGGUCGCGCUUGAUAAGCUGACCGCAUCUUUGGGUCCAGAGUACGUGGAGUUCCUUGUUUCACAAGGUCCUGAAGUGCUUAAUGCACGUGUUGAAAGCUUCAUGCAGUAUGAAGCGACCCUUUUAGGGCAGGUCCAAGACCAAAUAGCGUCGGCUAUGCCUACACGCUACGUGUCUGUACCAGACGAAGAGGCUAAGACUCGUCCACUUAGAGUGGAAGUGAAAAACUACUCCGGUAAGGAGAGUAAGAACCUCAUCCUCUGGAUCCGUGAGAUUGAGAUGGCCAUGAGAUCAGGCCUGAUCACGCUUGACCAUCAACAGGUCUCGCUGGCUACCUCGAAGCUCGAUGGUAGAGCUAGAGAAUGGGCCUUGACGUGUAGCACGUCGGUGGACAUAGCGUUUCCCACAUGGGAGUCGCUCAAGACACAAUUGGUACAGGUGUUUUCUCCCCCUAACCAGGCUUACCGCGUGCGUUCACGCUUUCUUUCUACCCGCCAGGGUAAGAAUGAACUAUCGGACUAUGUCCAAGAGCUGCGAACGGCUCAUGACUGCAAUGCAGUCUGA